CUCACACGCCUGCGAAAUGCAGUUGCAGUCGACAUUUAUCAGGAGAAGUAUUAACUUUCCAUUUUAGUAAGAUUUCACGGGAAACACGCGACUUUCUUGCUGGUGCUUUCUACAUUGCUAAUAUUUAGUGGUAUACAGUCUUUGGUAGCGAGUGACAUCUUGUGCAGUCAGUAUGACUCAAUGGGAGAACCUCAUGGCUCCGGUUUACUCGCUGCAAUUGCAUGAACUUUAUGACAGAGAUGAUUUGCCUAUGGACGUGCGGCAUUACUUAUCUGUUUGGAUAGAGAAGCAAGAUUGGCAAAGAGCUGCUGGAGACUAUGGGUUGGCCAUUUUGCUAUUCCAACAACUUUUGGAAAAUAUUGAUAUCCAACACAGCCGUUUUGGUCUGCAAGAGGAAUUCUUUCUCAUGCAACAUAAUUUUAGACGAUAUAAGAACAACUUUCAGAAGUAUCAAGAAGAACCAUGCAUACUGGCCAGAAAGAUAUCGUGGUUUUUGGAAAAAGAAAAGGAGAUAUUGCUCAGUGCUGAGUUGAAUGAAAAGGUCCAGCAGUUAUGUGUAGAGCAACAGACAAUGGAGACGGACAGUCAACAGGAACUUGAACGUAGGAUGGCCGGAUUCAAGAAUGAAGUGCAGUGCAUGGAGCAUACUAUUGUUUGUCUGGAAGAGCAGCAAGAUGAGUUUGAUUUUAAAUAUCAGACCCACCAAAUGGAGGCGGUGAAAGACGAAAAUGAAAAACGGAAACAAUGGAAUAUCCUCCAGUCUCUUGUGAAUCAGUUAAACAGUUGUAGAAAGAGGACGCUGGUCGAUUUACUGAAGAUCCUGGACAAAGCUGAAGACUUGAUCGAGACUCUGGUGAAGAAGGAGCUGGUGGACUGGCAGCGCAGGCAGCAGAAAUCCUGCAUCGGAGCUCCGGAUAAUGUCAGUCUGGACCUACUCGAGAAAUGGUUCAGCUGUGUGGCGGCUUGUCUCUUUCAAGUGAGAGAGUUUCUGAGUAAACUGGACGAACUGUCGGGGAAAGUGUCUUAUGAAAAUGACCCGCUGAAGAUGGAUAAACCAAGAAUACAGGAACGAGCCGACACACUGCUGAAAAAUCUACUGCUCAGUUCUUUUGUGGUGGAGACUCAGCCGUCAAUGCCACAGGGGAAAGGCCCGCUGGUGCUUCGGACCAAUGUGCAGUUCUCAGUCAAAGCCAGGCUGCUUGUGAAGUUUUCUGAAUUGAACCAUCUGAUGAAAGUGGAUGUGUCCAUGGACAGCGAGGCUCCUCAAAUCAAAGGAUACCGACGUUUUAAUGUUUUAGGGACCAAAAGUAAAGCUCUGAACAUGACUGAGAGCCAGAAUGGAGGCAUGGUGGCAGACUUCAGACACCUGACUCUGAAGGAGCAGAAAUGUGGAGGUGGGGGAAAAGGAGCCAGUGAAAUCUCUCUGAGCGUCACAGAAGAACUGCACAUUAUCAACUUUGACACAGCGUUUGAUUUUAAAGGGAUGUCACUGAAACUGCAGGCAUCAUCUCUCCCCAUGGUGAUCAUCUCUAACUCCAGUCAGCAGCAGAGUGCUUGGGCCUCUGUUCUGUGGUUCAACAUGCUCAGCCUCUACCCCAAAGACAUCCGAUUCUUCACUGCGCCCCCCUCGGCUCCGUGGCCCCAGUUUGCAGAGAUGUUAAGUUGGCAGUUUCUCUCUGCAACUAAACUUGGACUGAACGAGGCGCAAUUAGAAAUGAUCGCGUUUAGACUUUUUGGAAAGCAACAAAGCUAUAACGACUUGACAGUGUCUUGGGCGAAAUUUAGCAAGGAAAAUACCCCUUUUACAUUCUGGGUGUGGUUUGAUGGCAUUUUGAUGAUGGUGAAACAGUAUCUGGUAGAGCUGUGGAGAGAUGGUCUGAUCAUGGGCUUUGUAACUAAAGCAAAAGAGAAAUCACUUUUGAAGAAAAAACAGAGAGGGACUUUUUUACUUCGCUUCAGUGAAAGUGUGAUCGGAGGAAUCACAUUCUCCUGGGUGGAAACCACUCUCACUGGUGAGCCUGAGAUUAAGACAGUUCGACCUUUCACCAAAAACGACCUGGAGCAGAUUCCUUUUCAUGAAAUCAUCAGAAACUUCCAGCUGAUGGAGACGGACAACGUGCCGGAAAACCCUCUGCUCUACCUGUAUCCGAACACACCCAAAGACGAGGCGUUUGGGAAGUACUACAGCGACAAGUCCGGAGAAAACAGCCCCUACAUCAAGUACAUCAAAACCAAGCUCAUGUUUGUCACGACUGAGAACUCUCUGGAGGCUCAGUCUUCCUCUGCAGUGACUCAGGGCCCAGAGCUGCAGCCAAUCAGUGCUCUGUGCGGAGUCGAACAAAGCACUAUUGAAACCGGGGACCUCACUCUGGAGGCGUUCUUGGCCGACCCUCUACUGUCACCCCCUGGUGGUUCGAACAAUGCAGAGGACUUCAUGAUUUCUUCGUACGACCCUAACCUCUUGAACUGUGACCUGGUCUCAUCUGAAUUGAACCUUCCGGACCUCCACACUCUCCCCACUCAGUUCUGUGGCAUUUUCCAAUCAUUUUAAAGAAGUAUUAAGGGUUUUUGGGGGAUUUGGGGAGUAUUAAGCUAUAACCUGUGUAGAUCAUUAUUUUUGUCAUCGUAAAGGCUCAUUUAUGCUCAAUUUUUGUACAUAAACAGAUGCAUGCAUUCCAAGUGUAGUCACUGCAUUUAUGCAUUCAGCUGAUUCUAAUGUAAAAUAUGUAUUCUGUUAAAUAAUCACCAGAGGGAGCACAAAAUCAGUUUGAGAAUUGAUUGGGGGGGGGGGGGGGGGUGAAAACUGAAUUUUUUUCUCAAAUUCAGGACAACCUUGCCUGAGGUAUCCACAAUGAUAUCUCUGUAUUUUUUUUUUAUAGAUACUGAAGUUAUUAGUUAGUAGUUAUCAUUAUUACUGAAGUAAUAAUGAGGCAACACUAUUAUAAGGUGGUUAAAAGUUCACAAACUUCCACUUUACAUAAUAUAACCCCUUGAAAUUCAAACUUUUUUUUCUGCUAUUAACUAGGAUAGUGAUGUUAACUGAAAGUUGGUUAAAGCAGCAGUUUGAAAGGUGGCAGCUGUAGUAUAACCCUCUUUAAACAUGCUCUGAAAUCUAUGGAAUUCUUGUAAUUCAUUCUCACUCAAAUGUUUUAAAAUGUGAAUUGUAAACUGAAUCACUUUCAAAAAUCAUGUUAAUUAUCUUUAAAAAAAAAUAUUUUCCACAAAAAUCUAAAUUGCCAUACUCUUGAAUUUCACUUUUUAAGACAAUUAAUACUUCAUAUGCUCUUAUGACUCUUAUUUUGUUGGAAACUACAAUCACUUUAGUGUUAUUAUUGCCCUAUGUAGUGUUGUAGUGUGUAGUGCUGCUGUCCCUGUGUGAAAAAAUAGUUUACUUUGUUAUUUUCUUUGUAGAUUGUGCUUUUACUUGUAAAAUAAUUUAGAUGGUCUUUAUAUAGGGUAUGUCUUGCCCUCUUUUAAGAAAAUAUUAUUUGUAUUGGUGAUAGAGCUGGACUCAUAAUUAUGUUAAACAAGAUUGCACUGAUGAAACGAAUGAAAAGGUUAUGUGCUGGCCAGCUUAAAUCUACUGCCUACGAAUGAUUAUGUUCAAAAUGUGUGAAUAAACUUGCAUUUUUACUGACA